AUGUCGAUUCCCGAGAAGUUCACCGGCUUCCAGGUCAAUAGUGCCGAGACCUGGCAAGACUUCAAGAAGCAGGAGUUUGACCCCAAGCCGUUUGGUGACUACGACGUCGAUAUUAAGAUUGAGUGCUGCGGUGUUUGUGCCAGUGAUGUUCACACCAUCAAGGGUGACUGGGGUGCUCAGCCCUACCCUCUGGCGGUUGGUCACGAAAUCGUCGGAAAGGCUUUGAGAGUCGGCUCCAAGGUCACCAAAAUCAAGGAGGGCUCGCGUGUUGGUGUUGGAGCUCAAUCCUACGCCUGCCUCGAGUGCCGCCAGUGCAAGAACGACAACGAGACAUACUGCAAGCACCAGCUCGACACCUACGGCUCUACAUUCCCCGACUCCGGCGCCAUCUCCCAGGGCGGAUACUCCUCCCACGUCCGCACACACGAGCACUGGGUUUUCCCCAUCCCCGAAGCCCUCCCCAGCACCAUCGCUGCUCCUAUGCUCUGCGCUGGCCUGACAGCUUACAGCCCUCUGAUCAGAAACGGAUGUGGCCCUGGCAAGAAGGUCGGCAUUGUCGGCAUUGGCGGCAUCGGUCACUUUGGUGUCAUGUUCGCCAAGGCUCUGGGUGCUGAGGUCUGGGCCAUUUCCCGUUCGCGAUCCAAGGAGGCGGACUCUUUGAAGAUGGGUGCCGAUGGCUACCUGGCGAGCGGCGAGAAGGGUUGGAACGAGCCCCACAAGAUGACUUUCGACCUCAUUCUUAACACGGCCAACUCAUUCGAGGGCUUCGACCUCUCUGCCUACCUUAGCCUUCUCGACGUCCACGGCAAGUGGGUGUCUGUCGGUCUCCCCGGUGGUGGUGGCAUCACUGUUCGCAACCAGGACUUCCUCCCCAACGGCUGCUUCAUUGGCAGCUCCCACUUGGGUAGCAGACGCGAGACGCUGGAGAUGUUGCAGCUUGCUGCCGACAAGGGCAUCAAGACAUGGGUGCAGGAGGUUCCCAUCAGCGCCGAUGGUUUGAGGUCGGCGAUGAACGGCAUUGAGGAUUCCAGUGUCCGCUACAGAUACUGCCUGACCAACUACGAGGAGGCAUUUGGCCACCCGGUGUGCCCGGCGCGACCGGUGCGAUCGCCGGUCAUCGGCAACACAAACAAGGUUCCGCGGGGAGAGACAAUGACCGACAGGGGUCUGAGGAGCUCAGCCAUUGCGGCUGUGUGCGGUGACAUCCCAAGCCGCCCGAGGAGACCGGGCGCUUACCUGGACGCCAGCAAUGGCCCGCCGGCGGAUGAUUCGAUGCCCAGCUAUGAGGAGGCGGUCGCCGGGGGCGCGCAGCGGAAUGCAGUGAGGACACACUCCGUCUCGGGAUCAAUACAAUCCCUCAACCUUCACGACGGCACCCUCCCACCAUCAAUUCUGCGCCUCAAGCACCUCGGCCGCGCAAUCUGCCUCAACGGCCCCGUCACCUCCAUCGCCAUCAGUCCAAAAGGCUACGUCGCCACAUCGCAAGACAACUCGGGCACCGCGCUUCCCUCGAGCACCAAGAUCUGGGACUUUCCCCAGAAGCCCGGCGCCGUGGGCGCGCGCCUCGUGCCGUCAGACAUCAGCAGCGACGCGCCUGUGGUCGUCUUCAGCCCGGAUGGAAAACUGACGGCGGUGGUGGAGAAGGAUGCAGGAUGGAAGCGGGAGUGGCGGGUGAAGCUCCGCGCCGGGGAGGAAGGGCGAGGGGUGCGGUGCGCGUUGAACGGUGUCGGGCAUCCCGCGGCGUUUAGCCCCGACGGGAAGAAGUUUGCGGCGGCGGAUCCGUUGGGCGUUGUUGUUGUGUUUGAGGCGGCGACGAGUCCGCCGGGGAUGCCACCUACGAAGAAGGUGGCGGGUGUGAUGAACCAUGCUGCGCCGACGCAUGUUCUCUUUAUGCCGAACGGUGCGGACCUCGUGACGCUGUCGAGGGACGGGACGGUGAGGAUAUCGGAGGCCAAGACGGGGAGGACGCUACGGCGGAUGGAGGUGGAUGGGGUUGUGACGGGGACGGGGACGGGGGCGCGGGCGUUGGGGGCGUCGCCGGAUGGGAGGGUGGUUGUGUCGGUGUGGGCGAGGGCCGUGUAUGUGUGGGAGCACGAGGCUGGGCGGGUAUCGAGCUGGGAGAUGAACAAAGUGCGGAACAACGAGGGGUGGCCGCUGGCGGUGUCGCCGGAUUGUCGGUUCCUGGCGUGUCGGACAGAGGAGGGGAUGGAUAUCUCGGAUGUGUACUCUGGACAGGUUCUGGCUGAAGUGACGACCGCGGUGGGGAUUGAUGGGCUAGUGACGGCGGCGGCCUUUUCGAUGGAUGGGAAGAUGAUGGCUGUUGGGAGGCAUAGUGGUGUUGUUGAUGUGUGGAACUUGGCGCCCUAUGAAGGAUUAUGA